AUGGGCGACACGAUACAGGAUUGGGAUAUUACAUGGAAGAGACUGAGUGAAAUGGGCGACACGAUACAGGAUUGGGAUAUUACAUGGGAGAGACUGAGUGAAAUGGGCGACACGAUACAGGAUUGGGAUAUUACAUGGGAGAGACUGAGUGAAAUGGGCGACACGAUACAGGAUUGGGAUAUUACAUGGGAGAGACUGAGUGAAAUGGGCGACACGAUACAGGAUUGGGAUAUUACAUGGGAGAGACUGAGUGAAAUGGGUGACAUGAUACAGGAUUGGGAUAUUACAUGGGAGAGACUGAGUGAAAUGGGCGACAUGAUACAAGAUUGGGAUAUUACAUGGGAGAGACUGAGUGAAAUGGGUGACAUAAUACAGGAUUGGGAUAUUACAUGGGAGAGACUGAGUGAAAUGGGCGACACGAUACAGGAUUGGGAUAUUACAUGGGAGAGACUGAGUGAAAUGGGUGACAUGAUACAGGAUUGGGAUAUUACAUGGGAGAGACUGAGUGAAUGGCGAUACAAUACAGGAUUGGGAUAUUACAUGGGAGAGACUGAGUGA